AUCUAGCGGAGUUCUAUAUCAGCCAAAAGUAAGUCCCAAGAAUUCUCUCUCUGUUCAUAUGCAUGUGACAAUGUUCUCAUCACUUCUUCUUCUUCUUUGCCUUACUUUUCCAGUGUUUUUGCUCUUCUUCUUCUUCAAAACUUUGAAAAAUCCACCACUUCCACCUGGUCCUAAAGGUCUUCCCAUUGUGGGAAAUAUUCUUCAACUAGAUAGUUCUUCUCUUCAUAUGCAGCUAAGGGAACUUUCAAAGAAAUAUGGUCCUUUAUUUACCCUUAAAUUAGGUUUAAAGCAAGCAAUAGUUGUUUCCUCACCAAAACUAGCCACAGUGGUAAUGAAAGACCAUGACCGAGAAUGUUGUGGACGACCAAGAUUACUUCGCCAACAGAAACUCUCUUAUAAUGGGUUAGACUUAGCAUUUUGCCCAUAUACUGAGUAUUGGAGAGAAAUCAGAAAACUUUGUGUUGUCCAUGUCCUUAGCUCCAAACGAGUCUCAUGUUUUUCCUCGUUAAGACAUUUUGAGGUGAAGCAGAUGAUAAAGAAAAUAUCCAUGCAUGCCUCAAAUUCAGAAGUUACCAAUCUGAGUGAAGUGAUAGUGUCUCUUACCAGCACUAUUAUCUGCAGAAUUGCUUUGGGGAGAAGGUAUGAAGAGGAAGGAACGGAAAGGAACAAGUUCUAUAGGUUGCUGAGUGAGUGUGAAACCAUGAUGAGUUCCUUCUUUGUUUCAGAUUAUAUUCCUUUCAUGGGUUGGGUUGAUACACUCAGGGGAAUUCAUGCACGUCUUGAACGGACUUUCAAAGAAAUGGAUAACUUCUACCAAGAAGUCAUUGAUGAACACAUUGCAGAUUCUCAUAAAAAGACUUCAGAGGAAGAGGACAUCGUUGAUGUCUUGCUUCAACAGAAGCAGCACCAUUCGUUUUCCAUAGAUCUCACUAAUGAUAACAUCAAAGCUGUGAUCAUGAACAUGAUUAUAGGCUCAACAAGUACCACUACAGCCACAGCAGUUGGGGCAAUGACUGAGCUAGUAAAAAAUUCCAGAAUCAUGAAGAAAGUUCAAGAAGAAGUAAGAAGUUUAAGUGGUGAGAAAGCCUUUUUAGAUGAAGAUGAUGUUCAAAAGUUUCCCUAUUUAAAAGCAGUGAUAAAAGAGACUCUAAGAUUGCACCCACCAGGACCAUUACUUAUUCCUAGAGAAACAAGGAAAAAAGUUAUUAUAGAUGAUUAUGAAAUUCCAGCGAAGACAAUAAUAUAUGUGAAUGGUUGGGCUAUUCAUAGAGAUCCUGAGGCUUGGGAAGAUGCAGAAGAGUUUAUACCAGAGAGGUUUUUAAACAGCACAGUAGAUCUUCGAGGACAAGAUUUUUGUUUGAUACCAUUCGGUGCUGGUCGUAGAAUGUGCCCAGGUUUGCAUAUGGGUUUGGCUUCAUUGGAUGUUAUUCUUAGUAACCUUCUUUAUUCUUUUGACUGGGAAUUGGUAGAAGGAACCGAAACAAACGACACAGGUUCUACAGUGUUGCCAGGACUUACACAUGACAAGAAGAAUCCUUUUCGUGUUUUAGCGAAGUGUCGUAAUUAAUGCCUUAGUGAUAGUAAAAAAAAAGUAAUGAUUAGUAAAUAAAAAGGUAAUUCAGUGUACUAUAUCAAAAUUUAUG